AUGGCCCUUACUAAAUAUAAAUUCAAAAAUGUUUUCGGUUAACCUCUCCAAAGAUGGGAUGACUUAAAGCCUUUAGGAGCUACAACAGACGGUUUUGUGAUAGAUGCAAAUCAAUCAUUUAUAGCAUUUGUUUUAUCUUCAGGAGGUGGAAUAGAUUUGGGAAUAUUAAACCAUAACUAAACUGGAAGAGUAUAAAAUAUUCCCCGUUUAAGAGGUCAUUAAGGGCCUAUUACUGACUUCAAAUUUUUACCUCAUUUAAAUAAUCUAAUAGCUUCAUGCUCGGAAGAUACUACAAUUAAAAUAUGGUAGCUUUAAGAUGAUAAUAAAGAAGAUAUUGUCUAACCAUAGUAAAAUUUAAAUGGACAUCAUAAAAAAAUUAACUUAUUAUGCCCUCAUUUACACUCUUAGGGAAUUCUUGCAUCUUCAUCAUAUGAUAAUACAGUUUAAAUAUGGGAUAUAGAAUAAGGAAAAAGCUUAUUUAGUAUAAAAUAAGAUUCUAAAGUCGCUUUAUCUCUAGAUUGGUCUUAAGAAGGUUCAAUUUUAGGUUCUUCUUGGAACGAUAAAAUGGUAAAAAAAUAUAUAUAUAUUUUAUAUUAUAAAAAAAAAGACGAAAAUAAUCGAUCCUAGACAAUAAUAAAUAGUAGAAUAAUUUUAAGCUCAUUAAGGUUAUAAAGCUUAGAAAUUCGCAUGGAUUGAAGGUAAAUAAACUUUUGUGACAUGUGGAUUUGAUAAACAGACUUAAAGAUAAUUAAUAUAAUGGGAUAUGAGAAACAUCUAAUAAUAAAUAGAAAUUAAAGGAGUGCAUUAAAAUACGGGAAUUUUAUAACCUUAUUUUGAUAAUGACAUUGGAAUAUUAUACUUAACAGCGAAAGGAGAAGGCAAUAUAAGAAUUUUCGAAUAUACUAAUGGAAGUUUUAUUACUCAUGGUAAUGAUUAUUAAGUCACUGAUACUACUAAAGGGUA